AAUCGUUGGCCGGACCUUUUUGUUGAAAAAGGUGAAAGAGUGCGGCGAGCGUGGUUUACAUGCAGAUGUUUACACGCGCUCGCAAACACAUUCAACACACUCUUUCGUAAAACGUUACAAUCCUAAGAUCCCAUCUAGUCUCGUCUCGCGAGAUUUUUACUUUCUUUCUAUUCCAGCCUUUACUCGGACGCAAUUUUUUUUUGUUUGCAUCGUUUGAAUUGUUUUUACGUUAGUCACACAGGAAACAUCUACAUUCGUCUUCCAAAAGACAGCUAACAAAGCACCAUGACAUCUCUACUGGAAAUGCUCGACAUCAACACAUUCCUUGCUUUAGGCUUUGCCGUGUUGUCGUUGUUGUGGUGGUUUUCCGUCAGACGACCUGCAGGUGCACCUCCAGGACCUUGGCUGGCUGUACCACUGCUGGGUCACCUGCUGCUGCUGAUGAAGAAAGAUCCUCGGCAGCAGUUCGCAGCAUGGCGACGACAGUACGGUGACGUGUUCAGUCUGUACCUGGGCAGUCAGCUGGUGGUGGUGCUCAACGGCUACAAGGUCAUCAAGGACACGUUGGUAAAAAAAGCCGACGUCUUCUCCCACAGGCCUGAUAGUCUUCUCCUGGAUAUUAUAACCGACAGCAAAGGCGUUUUUGACACGUCUGGUCCUGUGUGGAAAGCCCAAAGAAAGGUUACCAUAGAGAUUCUACGUGAGCUAGGGAUGGGCAAAAACGUCCUGGCGGUAAAGAUUGAGGAGGAGGUCAAAGAGUACAUCAGGGUCAUAUCCGAGAGCCAAGGACAGCCGCUGGAUCUGGCCCACUUGACCCAAGCUAGCGUGUCCAACAACAUGUGUUCUAUCGUCUUAGGCAAACGCUUUGAGUAUGACGACGAUGUCUUUGGAAACAACCUUAGGUUGAUAGAUGCCAUUGUUCACGACGCUGGGGCGGGUAGUGCUGUCUCUUACCUGCCUUUUCUGCGAUACGUGCCUGGAGAUUACUUUAAGUUGAAGCGCUUUCUGUACAACAUGCGGCUUGUGUUACAUAAGUUUAUUAAACCUUUUGUAGACGAGCACUACCGCAGGUCUGAGGAGGACACAGUGGACGACUUUAUUGGCGCCUACAUCAGAGAAAUACAUCAUCAUCGCAACAGUCAGUCAGGAUCACCUCACAUCAACGAUCCUAAUCUCCUGAAGUUAGUCUUCGACAUCUUUGCUGCUGGCACGGAGUCGACCUCUACAGCUAUCCUGUGGGCCCUGGUUUACUUCCUUCACCACCCUGACGUGCAGGACAAGUGCUACGAGGAGAUCCACAGAGUUGUCGGCACAGAGCGAGCGCCCACCAUACAGGAUAGACCGCAGUUAGUUUACAUGGAGGCUGUCAUCACGGAGGUUCUUCGCUGCGCCAACAUUACUCCACUAGGUUUGCCGCAUGCCACCCCAUGUGACGUGGAGUUUGGCGGAUACACGAUCCCUAAGGGCACUUUAGUCAUCCCCAACCUGGAUUCUGUAAUGAGAGAUCCGGAGACCUGGGGUGACCCUGACAGAUUCCGACCUGAACGUUUCAUUGGAGAGGACGGCAAACUGUGGAGACAAGAAGAGUUCAUUCCCUUCUCUAUGGGUCGGCGCGUCUGCUUGGGUGAAACGAUUGCUCGAAUGGAAUUACUUCUUUACGUUUCAACAAUGGUGCAACACUUCCGAUUCCUACCUUCGGAAACUGGAGAGCUGCCAUCCUUGCAAGGCAUGCUUGGCAUUACACAUUCCCCUAAACAUUUCAAAGUUCGAUCAGUGCCUAGGAUGUGUCUGAAAAAGGAAACAUCGGAAUGAAGUCAGCAAUGGAGAGGAUGGGAGCGUCUGAGGGCAGUGGACAUUGCUGCAGUAAAUCAGCGCGGGACAGUCUCAGCGAUUUUUUACUAGUACUUUUUAUUUCACACUUAGCAAACGCAGAUUGUUGACCAAGGAAGGCCCAUCAAACGGCUUUCGAAGUGAAUGAAUGGUCAAAUGUUGUCAGGGUCCAACAUGAUCUGUGUAGGGCAUACUAAAAGCGAAUUUUAAACAUUUUGUGGGCCAAUAUUUUGUCAGAUUUUAUUUUACUAUACGAUUGCACUCAUCAGUUUUUUUUCUCAGUAGAAACCGAGUUAUAGACUUGUGAUUAUCGUACUACACAACAAGGAAUACUGCAACCGUCAUCGUCAUUAGAAGCAUCAGCCUCGUUAAGACUGGUACUGCAUGAGUCUGUCUCAGACUGCUUGUACUACAGCAAAACACUUCCGUAGGGGAAGCUGUGUUGUCACUUGCCCUCUUACCUCUGCGUUGUUAGCUUCUUUUUCUUUCAUCCAAUCUUGUCUUGGUUUUUUCUUUUUUAUAAUUGUUGUCACAUUUCUUUUUAUUGUACCAAUUCGCAUUUUUGCACUCUCACUUGUGUCACUUUUAUGUCUCUGUAAAAUUUGCAUGCACCAUGGUCCUGACACUGACAGACGACAAUGUCACAGUCGAUGUGGAGUUUCCAUGAAAUGUUUACAGUCUCCUUGUCUUGCUUUGAUGCUUGUGCUGCUUCAUCCAUUAAUCGGGACACUGUGAGCUUGGCGCUCUUGAGUGGCUGUGACAGAACUCCACCAACAGUUCUACAGGUGUGUAUAACGAUUCUACAGGUGUGUCCGUGUCUGAGAAACUUCGAGAACAGUCUAGGCUGACCUUACUAAUAACGUCACGAUUUCUAAUCUUGUUUUCAUAGCUACGUCUUCACACCGACAGCUGACGUCGCUCGCUAGUUGUUCCUGCGUGUGACGUCAUUUAUUGUUAAUGUCGUGGCUAAUGCGCUAAGCUGAAACGUCAUUCUAUAAUAUCACGUCAUCAACAAAUUUUAAAAAUAUCGAUCAUGAAGACAAUAAUGAUUUUUAAGGAAAAACAUUUAAAUGGCAGACCAACACUCUGACUGAAUGACAUUUCUGGAGGAAAUAGAGAGGUGUCCUGCUCAUCACACAGUAAAAUCUUUUUCCUCUUUGAAAUCGGGAUAGUGAAUUGUACAAAGCCUCCAAUGUGCGUCAAAAUCGCUGACAUGAUGUAUACCCUAAUGAAUAUAUAUGUGCGUGUGUGUGACAAAUUAUUUCCUUGUGACAAAGUUAUUGGAGAAAUGAGUAAAGCUUCUUAAAAACCCAAUCAAUGUCAACACGUUUAAAGAGUCCAACACGAUGUGUGUAGGGUACACUUAAAGAUAUUUUUUAACAGUUUGUGGGCCAAUAUUUUUUAUUUCAAUCUAUUACACUAUUUUGAUCAUUUUUUCUACAGAAAAUGUUUACAUAUAUCUUGUAUCGUAAGAUUCUCUAAUUUGUAAUGCAGCUAUACAUUGCUUACUAUUCCGCUAUUGCUUUUUUUGGUAUUAAAAUAUUCUAAUGAAAUGUUCGUCCACCAAUAAGACUUAAACGUCUGUAAUCCGUUGGUCAGUUUUAAUUAGAGUAGGUUAAUUUUCAUGGUUCAAUUUUAAUGACUAUACACCAUUGAUUUUUUUGUUUAUCUGCUUACAAGACAGUGUAAACCGUGAUGAACUAUGAAUAAUGCAACAUGAAGUUUGUGUUGAGGGUUGACAAUGGUCACAUUCUCUACCCACACCAUGGAGAUGUUUUCCUUAUUAUUUAGUUAGAUACAACUUAUGUCGGUAAAAUACUGUGAGUUGAUCAUCAUGUUGACUUAGUUUCAAGCUGGUGUGUACAAAUAUAGUGCAGUUAUAGUUUUAAUGGAUAAAGACAUGUGCAUGGAAUUACUUUUUCCUGUGUAAUAUUUUUAUGAUUUCUGGAUAAAUGCUCGACAUAUUUUUUUUUUUUUGCUAUUUGACUAAUACAUUUAUUCCUCAGGAAA